AUGGUCGCCUACGGCGCUGACGAGAUCCUCUUGUGGCACAAGAGGGUUGCCACUUUCCAGCAGGCCAUGAGGGCUGUGCUGGGGGAUCGACGCCGUACUUUCCUCUGGUCCGGCUCCGUCCUGGACUCCGUCAUAGGCGCCUUCCUGACCCAGAACGUGGCCGACCACCUCUCCAGCAGCGCCUUCAUGAUCAUGGCUGCGCGCUUUCCACCCGCCGCUGACCUGGCACGACACGACCACUCCGAUUCGGUGGACUGGGAGGCGGUGCGCUGCGCUGACAAGGCCCAGGUGGCUGAUGCCAUCAAGGGUCGUGGGAUGCAAAACUUCCUGGCUGCCAGGAUCCACGACUGCCUGAACCACAUCCGGAGAGUCAACUGGGCGCGCUCCAAGGGCCAGGACUGGGCGAGCGUCGGCCAUAUUUCGGUGAAGAAGGAGGCUCAGGGCCCUGGCCCUGAGCCUCUGUCAGUUGCAGCAGAUCAGGAGGGUGCCAACGCAGGGACAGAUCCAGGGAAGGCCCUGCCGGCUGGGCUUCCACUGGACCUCGAGGCGGACGCUGACGAGCUCGAGGCGGAGGGCAUCCCUCGCCCUGAGCCGAUCAUGACGCUGACGAGCACACCCGUGCCUGAUCCCUGGGACGAAACCUGCCCUGGCAUGGAGGCCCAGGAGCUGCUAUCCCUGGAGUGGGUGCGGGACCUGCCACCAAAGGAGGCGCAUGACUUCCUUUCCUCCCUUCAUGGUCUCGGAAGAAAGAGCGUCGCUUGCAUCGUCCUGCUCACCCUCCGAAACAAGGAGUUCCCUGUUGACGUCAAUGUGGGCCGCAUCGCAGCAAGACUUGGGUGGAUCCCCCUGGACUCUGAGGAUGCCGUGGAGGCCUUGGACGACUAUGCGCCCGAGCCAGAGGUUCACAAGUAUCUGCACAGCAGGCUGGUCGGCUUUGAUGUGGAGACGCUCUACGAGCUGCACUACCAAAUGAUCACCCUGGGCAAGGUGUUUUGCAACAAGCUCCGUCCCAACUGCUCUGCCUGCCCCCUGCGGGACGCCUGCGAGUUUGCCCUGAACGGGGGCCCGGAGAAGAAAGUCAGGAGGGCCGCGGCCCAGGCGGCGGGUCUUGCGCUCGCUCCUCCCACGCCGGACAAGCACCGGGAGGCCUCUGCACGGCCGCAGCCCGCAAUACGCCGCGCGUCGCUGGCCAUGCCUGGGGAGCUGGAGGCCUCCCCACCCAGGCCCAGGCCGGCGCACAAGCUGCACUGGAGGCAGGUGCAGCGCCUGCAGCGCAUGCAGGCAGAGCAGGACCCGGAGCGGGGAGCGGGGCUCGAUGCCGUGCUGGGCUCAGUCAAGCGAGGAAAGCGCAGCAGGCGGGGCGGGGCUGGCGGAGAGCCGGAUGGGAUUGUUGACCUGACGCCUCUCGGCGGCCUGGCCGAGGACCUGUCCAUGGAUGCCGAGUCACUGGAGCCCAUGAUUUUGCACUCCGUCCCACAAGAGGACAGCGAGCCCCUUGCCAGGCGCCAGCGGUACAGGCAGCUGUCCCGCCACGUGCACCCCGAUCGCUGCUCCCACCCGGACGCUCAUGAGGUGUUCUCGGCCCUACAGCUGGCCCUGGAGGUGCUGCAGGAGGAGAUGGUGCCCGCUCCUGAUAUCGCGGUGGGGGAGCAGGUGGGCUGCGGCAAGGAGGAUGCUGGGCCCCGCUUCCAGAGCGUGGCGGAGCUGGGGCGGAGCAAUGAUGAGGCUCUUGGGGGCGUGCGGAACCCCGCCCGUCUCGUCCUGCACUGCUUGGCGGUGCCCUGGGGCAUGCUGCCGCCGCGCCUAGCCCGAUACGGCAGCAGCCAACGCCGGGAGCAGCUUCCCCUCUUUCUUCCUGAGCCGUCGUCGACGGCCCUCCUGGGCAGGUUCCCGCUGAAUGGGACCUACUUUCAGGUCAACGAGGUAUUUGCAGACCACAGCACGGUCACCAACCCCGUAGAGAUUGAACUGUGUGACCUUGAAGGCAGGGACUCAGUGCCUGUAUUCAUCGGGCACUCCAUCCACCACAUGGCCAAGGGCAUGGCGUAUGAGGAGGUCAGGAGCAUGUUUGGACGAGGCCACGUCUGCUUCCGGGCGUGGGACUCUGGGACAGGCAACCCGGAGGCCCUCCCGACGUGGCUACUGGCAGGGUCGGGCCUGAAGACCAAGACCAAAUGGAAGAACAGCGUGGAGAGAGCCGCAGAUCGAGCGGCGAGGCUGGCGGCUCUGAUCGAGAAGCAUGGGCCCCUUGCGGCCGCAGCACUCGGCGUGCAGCUCACGUCGCCGCGGGCGCGCGUGCCAGCACCCCCCCGCCCCAAGGCGCCGCCGCAGGUGAGGCCGGAACGGCCUGGUCAGCGGCGCCGGUCCUUCUUCCCCACCAUCAGGUCCAUCCAGAAGUGUGGGGUCUGCGCUGCGUGCCUGAACCCCGGCUGGAAGAAAGCGUGCCUGACCAGGAGGGCAGAGAUGGAGGCUCUGGCGCAGAGCAUACUGGAGGCUGAUGGCGCGGAAGAGAUCCAGGCUGGGCCGGGGGCUGAGGUGGACGAGGGGGAUGCGGAUCUGGCCGCCGAGGAGGAAGGGGAGGAUCUUGGAUUGGCAUCUGAAGACAAAGGGGAGGCUUUGGAACCAUUGGCUGAGGAGGAAGGGAAGGCGCGAGACCCUGUGGCGAUGCAUCCUGAAGACAUGAUACCUGCGUGA